AUUCCUAGUUUCGACAAUUUGUGGGUUGAUUUGAUUUGAUUCAGUUAUUCAUUGUUUUUCUUCAAUCUUCAGGCGAUAAACCAAAAAUGGAAAAUAUAACGACAUCACUGGAAAAGCAAGUGCAGUUGCUUCGUCGGAUAGAAACAUUUUUCGAACUGCAGGCUUGCAAACCCGAUAUUGUCGCUGAUAUGAACGACCUCAACAGACAAUGCCUUGAUACGACGGGUGCGCUCAAUAAGGCAAAAUUUGCAUUGGACAAAUUUCGCAACGAGCUUGGCCCGAAAUAUGUAGAUGUCAUGAGGAAAAUGCAACGGAAUCAAACCCUCGCUAUUCAUUUGAUGGGACAGCUGAAAGAUAACGACCGAAAGAAACCCAUAUUACAGGAACACAACGGACAGACAGAUUCCAUUGGUUCAGCCAAAAAGGUUACUGCAGACAAAAUGUUCCUAUCCGAUUAUCAGAAAUCACCAUUCGUAACUAAAAUGAAGCCCCGAUGCCUGUCGUUCUUGGAUUUCAACUUCAAAAUCACCCACGAAGAGUUCGAUCAAAUCCCCAAGUAUAUGCGGGGCCGCGAAAACCUGGAUGAGCUUCUGGCAUUUAUGCAAACGGUUAUUGUGCCUUCCUUCGAGGAAAAGUACACAUUGCUGUACAAAAACAAGAAGGCCGUUACAAAUCAGCAGGAUUUGGCUCUAUGGAAAAUUUUCAACCAACAGCAAUCGGCAUUUCCAAACAUUAAAUUCGUCACACAAGGGGACAUUGCACGAAAGAUGGGUCGGUUGAUCGACAAAAAGGUCAAUGUAAAACUGCAAAUGUUGCGACAUUUACACGUUCUUCAAGAGACAAGAAAUGAAGGUACCGUGUACUAUCUCUGGUGUCGCGAUUGUUGAAUAUUGUCUUUGCGGGUUUCCUAUCUUCUUCAUAAGGCUAAUAUAAGGCUGAUAUGUGUAGCAAAUAAAAUAUAAUUUCAAAUGUAAAUAAACAUAAUUCCAAAUAAAACAUGCUUCGGUUUUGUGGCGUAAUAUGAA